UCUGCCGGCCCGAACGCACCUACUGCCAACCCGAUCGCAGCCAACAUUACCAACCCAAAUGCAGCCUCUGCCGGCCCGAACGCACCUACUGCCAACCCGAUCGCAGCCAACAUUACCAACCCGAAUGCAGCCUCUGCCGGCCCGAACGCACCUACUGUCAACCCAAUCGCAGCCAACGUUGCCAAUCUGAACAUCGCAAACACCAUUCCCAUCCCUCGUACUCUCAAUUCAUUGUCGGGUCAGCCGUCAUAUGCCCCCCAAAUGAGAUUUGGCCCACACGGCUCAGCCCGACCCCUCCCGCUGCAACAGUCCUCUGUUUACUUAUCAGACGAGCAGCUCUCGCGACUGGCUGAGCGAUUGGCACCCAUAGUGGCACAGGCCUUCACCCAAGCUCAGCGAUCUGACACAAUCCCCUCACCUGACUUGUCACAUCCGCAGGUGUCUACCAACACUGCUUCUAACUCGACCGGUCCUGGUGAUCCUACUCCCGGCGAGUUUGAAUCUGUACGGGCCUACGCCAGAGCCAAAAGGUCCUUGGACCCGGCGGGUCGCCAAAGAAAGCCUGAACGCCAGAAACUUCCCAACGCUUUGCACGUGGUGAUUCGCACUUACUUGUCGGAUAAGAAGCUCUGGCUAUCUAAGUCGGCUCAUCCGCAGUCCCUCCCACAAGCCCAAGAGGACGACAUCAGACGAUAUGAGGAAAGUGUUGCAUGUCCGCCUGCCCUCACGGACAUGGUGUUUGAUUGGACAGCGGACAUGCGCUCAGCAGGGAAGUUCAAACUCGAUCCGGAUAUCGCCACUCGACACCUGAUUCGCGACAUCAUUCAAACAAAGAUUGCCGGUGUACACAGCAGUUUUAAGGAGGCCAGAGCAGCAGAGACCGCCGCAGAACAGGCUGCACUUCUAUCGAAGACGCAGCGCAGGAGGAAGAAUGACAGGAGGAAUACUCGGCGCUAUGGGACGUUGGAUCGCCGGGUAAAGAUUAUCACGUACGCCUACGCCGGUGUACCAGAUGGAACCUGGGCGGAAGUCAAUAAGGUGUUGAAGCGCCUCGGCUCCGGGGGCAUGAGCGACGAUGAAACUGACAGCGAAGGGCCGCCCAAGAAGGUGCGACGCAUUCGCAUCCUUUGGCUUCACCCCGACGUGUCGACGCUAUUUCGACGGGUCGAAGAUUACGCGCCCGCCAUUGGUUCGGAGCUACUUUCCACCUCGCGUCCUGGCAAUCACGCAUACCAGAGGAUUUUCGAAGCUAUCGGAGACGACGAGUCAAGGCCCCCCAUCAAAUGUCUCCCUGAGAAUUGGUAUAACCCUGAUUGGUUGCGCACGUUGAGUGCUGCCGCUCGCGAAAUGCUUCAAGCUCAGCCAGCCGUUCCACUUCCCAAUCUUGUGAGUUCCAUCGUGAAUUAA